UGAAGUGAGUGUUGCGCAGCACAGCUGCCAGAGUCGCGCGGCGCACACACGGAAGUGGGCCACUUCGGAACCCUUCUGACGCAACACCAUGAAGAACUAGAACCCAGACCCACCGUCCUCCUCCAUCUUUUCCCCAGUGGACUGUUUCUUUUUUUUUUUAUCUUUGUCUUUUUUUAUAUAUUUUUUCCCCCGCCCCCCGUGAGCGGAACCGGACCCUAAUGGAUUACAAGAACCCAGAUGAAAGAUCUCCCGCCGCGUCCGGGCACUAACAGGCGGGUCGAGCUCGGCGGGCGAACCGGUUCCGUCCUCCCGACCCCGCAGGAUCCCAUUCGGCAGUCGAGGAGGAUUCCGAUCCGCAUGAUCAACAUGUUGACGGCGCACAGCGGACACUUGCUCCACCCGGAAUAUUUACAACCGUUAACGCCGGCGCCUAUCAGCAUCGAGCUGGACGCCAAGAAGAGUCCGCUGGCCCUUCUCGCUCAGACCUGCUCCCAGAUCGGGAAAUCCGAUCCCCCGUCCUCCUCCAAGCACAAAGAGAAGGACGCCGGCGGCCGCUCAUCUCUCGCCGGCUUGAAACUGGGGGACCAGCGCCCCCUCACGGAGGACAAGUCCAGCUUCAAGCCUUACCUCAAAGGCGGCUUGGAAAAGGGAGGAUUCAGGGUUGUCAGCAAUAACGGGAAUACCACCCCCCGCUCCUCCGCCCCCAGCCCCGCAGCCGGCGCAGCGACCCCGUCGAGCAGUCCGCCGACGGGGGUCCGCGCCCACACGCCGAGCAGCAUCCAAGACCCGGACAGCCCAGGCGGCGGAAAAAAAGACGCGGAGUCCAGCAAGCCGCCCCCGGAGGGCCCCCACCUGGCCAACUCCAGCCGCGCUCGGGCCAGCGCCAACUGCAGCACCGGCAGCUCGGACGGCGGCUCCGUGGUGGACAAGGCGGAGUCGGUGCCCGUUUCUCCUUACAAGGUGCUCUACCCGCUUGCCUCGUCCAAUUUGGGCUACCACGGGUCGUACGCCACCUACCCGCCCUCGUUGGUUCCCGGUUUGGACAAGUCCGGCCUGGGAAGUAUGGGCGUCCCUGGAAAGCAUCCCAGCUCCAGCCCUCUCACGAGGGCCUCCCCGCCGUCCUUUAUGCAGGGUCUAUGCCGGGACCCCUACUGUCUCAACUACCACUCCUGCAUCCACGAGUCCUCCGCCCUCAAGUCCGGUUACCCCUUGCUGUACCCCUCCCACCCGCUGCACCCCCUACACCACGGCGGCACGUCCGCCCUGGCCCAGCCUUUGUACUCGUACGGCUACAUGCUGCCCAACGAGCCGCUUCCCCACGCCUGCAACUGGGUCUCGGCCGGGGGUCCCUGCGACAAACGCUUCGCCAUGUCGGACGAGCUCCUGGCGCACCUGCGCACGCACACGGCGCCCCCAGCGGACAUGGAAGCCAAGAUGCUGGCCGUCACGUCGGCGGGACCGUCCCCCUGCCACCUGCACCUCCCCCACAUGAGCGGGCCCGGCUCCUUGCUUAGAGCACCGCCGGGCCUGGGACUAGUCCGCUACCACCCCUACAGCAAGGUCCAUUUCCCACCCGGACCCUCCCCCGUGUCGCUGCACUCUCUGCCCGCCGCCGGCCCGUACUACCCGCACUACGCCUUCUACAACCAAAGACUGGGAUCCGCCUCCGCUCUGGGCUACCAAUGACACCAGAGUCCUUCCGGAGACUUCCUCCGAGGGACCGGUUUUGGAUGAAUGUUCUUAUCUCUCCAUGGCCUUGGCGCUCUUUUUCACUACCGAGGAAUCUUGCAGCUUUACUUCAAAGAAACCCGACAAAUCUGGGAAUUUCUGCUUAAGGAAAUGAAAGUUUACAUUUGCAGUCGAUCUCUGUGACUUGACUGUAAUGACCAAAAGCAAAAAUAAAAUGUUGUAUCCUGCACUUUUA